GUAUGCAAAUAUUAGGAUGAGAUGAAUUAGGGUGUGAAAUCUAUCAUGAAUUAAACUGUAACACCUUAGAUGGUACAAAUUAUGGGUUUCAUGACUGUAUUUGAAGAGCAAGUUCCCUGAAGGGAAAAUUCCGAGGCCAUUGACUUUGGGCCAGAUGGGGCCAGCUAAUUUUCUGCUUGAUAUCACCUGCAUUAUUGCAAAUGGCAUCCUCCAAAAACACAACGGUACUAUUGCAAGGUGUUGAUAUUCAGAAACCUCAACAUAUUUCCAUGUAAUUUCCUUCUGAAUGUGUGACUAGGACAUGCUAAUCAGAUGUACAGAGUGCAUUCAGGACACUGCUAUAAUACAGUACAUCAUCUUGGUCACUUUUUUAUAUUAGCGCUCAUGUUACAUAGUAAUUACAAUGUAAUAAAAGGAAAAAGUGUUGAUUGUAAGUACACAUGUAAUUGCUGAAACAAGGACACUUUAAUGUAAAGUAUGCUGUCUGUUUUGUUCAUGAAAGGAUCCUUGCAAUCCUUUUUAUUAUUUUGUUUAUGUUUAUGUCAUCUCUUACGUCCCCAUAUUUUCCUGCUCUGAAUGUGUGAAAUUACCCAGAGUUCUCUAUGACCCUGGACACUUACACACAACAAAGCCUUUGACAGAACAAUCAGUAGGCCCACAGCACACUGAGGCUUGUUGAUGUGAGUCCAUAUUAUUCAAAUGCCACAGCCCACUGGGAUCUUGCUCUUGGCCUUGUUUUAAUUCAACUCCCUUUGAGUUGCAAAGACCCUUUGUCUCCAUAACACUGCAUUUGAUUGAGGUCUGGGCUAUGGGGCACGUAAACCCCCCACUUGGGAUGUUUGUCCCUCCCCGGCCUAGAGGUCUUCCAAUCAGAGGCCUUUCUGUAGCUCCAGCCACCAUUCUGUGGCCCCAAACUUGUUGACUUUCAAACGACUCCAAAAGUUUUAAUGAAGGUUCUUAGUGGAGACAGCGCCAGCCUCUGUCUGCGUUUUAUUACAUGGCAGGACGACAGGGCCUCAGGUCUAACUGGGAAGGGUCGUGUGGACGAACAGGUGGGCUAUUACUGCCUCGCGAUCCCCCUGUGCUAGGCGGACGGCUACUAGGUCAUCCGAAGGCCAACAUGGAGGGGGGAAAGAAUGACCCAGGAACAGUGCCCUCAUAGGAACAAUGUCCAGAGUACUGAAAAACCGCAAGUGUAUAAAGUGGGGAUCUACGGCUGGCGGAAACGUUGCCUUUACUUCUUUGUCCUCCUCCUCAUGAUCCUCAUAGUGGUCAACCUUGCUCUCACCAUCUGGAUCCUCAAAGUUAUGAACUUCACUAUAGAUGGCAUGGGUCACCUGCGUAUCACAGAAAGAGGCCUGAAACUGGAGGGCGAUUCGGAAUUCCUUCAGCCGCUGUAUGCCAAAGAAAUCCAGUCCAGACCAGGAAGCCCAUUGUUCCUGCAGUCUUCUAAGAAUGUGUCUGUCAACAUCCUCAACGAGAAGAAGCAAUUAGUAUCUCAACUUGUUGCAGGUUCUCAUGGAGUUCAUGCACGGGGCAAAAUGCUGGAGGUAAAAUCAAGUGCAGGAAAACUGCUUUUCUCUGCGGACGACCAUGAGGUGGUAGUUGGUGCAGAGAAAUUACGAGUUAUGGGAGCAGAGGGUGCGGUGUUCAGUAACUCAGUGGAGACCCCGCACGUGAGGGCCGAGCCCUUCAAAGAGUUACGGCUGGAGUCACCCACACGUUCGCUUUACAUGGAGGCGCCUAAAGGAGUGAAAAUAGAAGCCGACGCAGGUGAUUUCCAAGUGACCUGUAGGAGCGAUUUACGCCUGGAGUCAAAAGACGGAGAGAUCAGCUUGGAUGCCAGUAAAAUCAAGCUCCUACGUCUGCCGGAGGGAAAAGCCUCCCCCUCUGGAACCAGACAGACUGUCUUUGAGGUGUGUGUCUGCCCCAAUGGAAAACUCUUCUUAUCACAAGCAGGAACUGGCUCCACUUGCCAGAUCAGCAGCAACUUAUGCCUCUAGAUACUCACAAACUCACUUCCACACACACACACACACACACACACACACUACAUUACACUCGUACAUACAGAGGACUCGUUCCUCUUGAAGAUUCCAACGUUGACAAGAACCGAAAAGGAUUUCCUCAAGAUUUGUGAAAAUACUUUGUAAAACAAUGUUUGAACCAGAAACUUUCAAGGUGAUCACCAGAAAACCGUUCGACGCAUCGUGACAGUCACCAAUCAGAUCCAUACCUUGCUUUUACUCAUUAGUGUCCUCUUUUUCAAUCAGAAUCAAUAUAUUUUUUGCUGAGGGAAGUACAGUGGGUGCUUUAUCUUGCGUACGCCAAGUUUUCUUCUCUUUUUGACGUUUGAAAACUAUUUGUAACAUCACAUUUUGUAUUAUUACUCAAGUCCUACAUUGACAGUCCUCCAUCUGGGACGCCUCUCAUGACGGUGAUCACCUGAACCCAAACUGUGCUUGCACUGGGAUGGAACCUGUGCACCCACUCUGUUCAAAAAGGAGAACAGCACCUGUGCCUUAAUACAAUGCACUCGUGGCAAGAAGCACACCCCACUGACUUUUAUUUAGACAAGAAGACUUGCAUUUAAGUUACUUGCCUUUUGCUCCCACAGAUCGCAGAGAAACCCAGUGACCCCAAACUCACACAUUAUGCGCUGAUUUCCACUUUAUUUUGGAAAGGAGUAGAGAGCAUUUCUGAUUUAGUUUAAAAUUCUUUUGUUUUUGGCUUGGCACAGAAUGAAGAAAAAUUGAGUUUGGGAGAAACACUUUCUUGAUGUGUGGAUGUUUUUACUGUUUGUGUGUGUGUUAAGCCUGACUUUUGUUCUUUCUCUAUAAUUGAACAUUAAAAUGUGCUAAACAAACCAAGACACCCAAACCAAAAAGCAAAGCUUUCAUGUAACAAAGCUGUUGAAAAUGAAUUGAAAGUUCACACUUCCCAAUUCCCAAGACUGAAAGAGGAAUUGGCUAAUUUUGUUUUUAUUUUUAUAUAUACACUACCGUUCAGAAGUUUGGGUUUUUUGGUCCCACUUUAUAUUAAGUGUCUUUAACUGCUGUAUGUACUAAUAUUAAAAGACCACCUAUUAUGCAAAAUUCACUUUUA